AUGGAGAAUACUGUGUUGAUCCAGAAAGUAAUAGAUAUUGUUUCUUUGGAGUUAGCCGGUUGGGAAGGUGAAUGGGGGACUGAUCCUGGACCCCAGACUGUCAUUCCCCUUGCUCUGGUCCCAACACAGUUGUCAGCAAGUCCAGGUGGCACCCGCGAGAUCGGAUCUGCCCUGACCAGGAUGUGCAUGAGACACCGGAGCAUAGAGUCCAAGCUGAGGCAGUUCUCCAGUGCUUUAAUUGACUGUCUGAUAAACCCACUUCAAGAACAGAUGGAAGAGUGGAAGAAAGUGGCCAAUCAACUGGAUAAAGACCAUGCAAAAGAAUACAAAAAAGCCCGCCAAGAGAUAAAAAAGAAAUCGUCUGACACACUGAAGCUGCAGAAGAAAGCAAAGAAAGCUGAGGCUCUCGGACGGGGUGACAUUCAGCCCCAGCUGGAUAGCGCUUUGCAAGACGUCAAUGACAAGUACCUGCUGCUGGAGGAGACGGAGAAGCAAGCUGUCAGGAAGGCUCUCAUCGAGGAGCGCGGCCGCUUCUGCGCCUUCAUCUCCAUGCUGCGGCCUGUCAUAGAAGAAGAAAUAUCAAUGCUAGGAGAAAUAACACAUUUACAAACCAUAUCAGAUGACCUGAAAAGUCUCACCAUGGAUCCACACAAAUUGCCAUCUUCAAGUGAACAGGUAAUUUUAGAUUUGAAAGGUUCUGAUUACAGCUGGUCUUAUCAGACUCCUCCAUCCUCUCCCAGUACUACCAUGUCCAGAAAAUCCAGUGUUUGCAGCAGUCUGAACAGCGUUAACAGUAGUGAUUCCCGCUCCAGCGGCUCGCACUCGCACUCACCUAGUUCACACUAUCGCUAUCGCAGCUCCAAUCUGCCUCAGCAGGCCCCCAUGAGGCUGUCCAGUGUGUCCUCCCAUGACUCUGGAUUCAUGUCCCAGGAUGCUUUCCAGUCCAAAUCGCCAUCCCCUAUGCCACCAGAAGCACCUAACCAGUUGUCUAAUGGGUUUUAUCACUGUAGUUUAUCAAGUGACCCAUCCGUAGCCUCAGUUGGUGCAGGUCCUUUCCCUCAUUUCCCGCCUGUCUCCCGCGCGUGGACUCGGGCUCCCUCAGCCCUCCUUCCAGACUACGUUCAUUAUUACACCAUUGGGCCAGGCAUGUUGCCAUCAUCUAAGAUCCCUAGCUGGAAGGACUGGGCCAAGCCGGGCCCGUACGACCAGCCCAUGGUGAACACGUUGCAGCGGCGCAAGGAGAAGCGCGACGGGGAGCUCAAUGGAGGAGGCCCAAGCGGAGCAGCGGUGCCUGCAGAGGAGGCGCAGCGGCCCCGCAGCAUGACGGUGUCGGCCGCCACCACGAGGGGGGAGGAGAUGGAGGCCUGCGAGGAGCUGGCCCUGGCCCUGAGCAGGGGCCUCCAGCUGGACACGCAGCGCAGCAGCCGUGACUCCCUGCAGUGCUCCAGCGGCUACAGCACGCAGACCCCCACGCCGUGCUGCUCCGAGGCCACCAUCCCCUCCUCAGUUUCAGAUUAUGAUUAUUUCUCUGUGAGUGGUGACCAGGAGGCAGAGCAGCAAGAGUUUGACAAAUCCUCCACCAUCCCAAGAAACAGUGACAUCAGCCAGUCUUAUCGCAGAAUGUUUCAGACCAAGCGUCCUGCCUCCACUGCAGGUCUGCCGACCACGCUGGGACCCGUCAUCGUCACCCCCGGCGUGGCCACCAUCCGACGGACGCCUUCCACCAAGCCCUCCGUGCGACGCGGCACCAUCGGCGCCGGCCCCAUCCCCAUCAAGACGCCGGUGAUUCCCGUCAAGACGCCCACGGUCCCCGAUAUCCCGGGAGGGCUGCCCGGCGCCCUGGGCGGGAUGGAGGAGAGCGCCGAGCCGAGCCCCGAGUCCCCGGCGGGCGCGGAGGACAUGCUGCACGCCAUCCGCCGCGGCGUGCGCCUCAAGAAGACCACGACCAACGACCGCUCGGCGCCGCGCUUCUCCUAG